AUGAAUGACAGGUCCGAGGAGAACGUCAUCGAGGGGAACAGGAACGCAUAUGACGUGGUGCUGAAAGAUCUGGAGCCUCCAAUCAUAGCUCGCUUCUUCCGCUUCAUGCCGGUGACGGACAACUCCAUGAUCGUGUGCAUGAGAGUGGAGCUGUACGGCUGUGAAUGGCUCGAUGGCCUGGUGUCUUACAGCAUUCCAGAUGGGCACCAGAUGAUCUACAGAGGCCUGGACGUCUACUUUAAUGACUCUGUGUACGAUGGAGCAUCAGCUGAAAGACUGACAAAGGGCCUCGGCCAGCUGACAGACGGCACCUGGGGUCUGGACGAUUUCCUGCACAGCCACAUCUACAGCAUGUGGCCAGGCUACGACUACGUGGGCUGGAACAACAAGAGCUUCGUCAGAGGUUACGUGGAGAUGAUCUUUGAGUUCGACCACGUCCGAAACUUCACGUCCAUGAAGGUUCACUGUAACAACAUGUUCAGCCGGGGGGUCAGGAUGUUUCGACAGGCCUCCUGUUACUUCCGCUCGGGCUCCGACUGGGAGACCGACCCGGUGACCUUUAGGCCCCCAGCCGACCGCGUCAGCCAAGUCGCCCGCUUUGUCACAGUGCCCCUGGGGGACCGCACAGCCAGCGCCAUCAAGUGCCGUUUCCACUUCGGUGACCUUUGGAUGCUGUUGAGCGAGGUGGCCUUCCAAUCAGGCUCAGCUGUGUACAACACAUCUCUGACUCCUCGCAAACAUGGACACCCCACAAACACUCUACCAGGGGAUGAUCCCACUCACAAAGUGGAUGAGAGCAACACCCGCAUCCUGAUUGGCUGCCUGGUGGCUAUCAUAGCCAUCCUCACGACCAUCAUAGUGAUCAUCCUGUGGCGGCAGGUGUGGCAGAAGAUGCUGGAGAAGGCGUCUCGUCGCGUCCUGGACGAUGAGCUCACAGCCCGUCUUGCCAUCCAGACCGAGGCCUUCUUCUUCCAACACUCGUCCCUUUCCACGGAGGGCGGCUCCACCUCCAACUCCACCUAUGAGAGAAUCUUCCCUCUCUGCGCCGACUACCAGGAGCCGUCGCGCCUCAUCCGAAAGCUGCCUGAGUUCGCUCAGUCCGCGGAGCACCUCGACGGUGCCCCCCACUAUGCAGAGGCAGACAUCAUCAGCCUGCAGGAGUCGGCCUCAGACAGCGGCACCUACUCCAUCACCGCUGUCAACAUGAAUCUCUUCGCUGGCACCGACUCAUCCAUGAAAGAGUUCCCCAGACACAAGCUCACCUUCAAGGAGAAACUGGGAGAGGGCCAGUUCGGAGAAGUGCACUUGUGUGAGGCCGAGGGCAUGCAGGAGUUUUUGGGCGAGGAUUUUUCUAUAGAGGGAAACAAUGAGUCUCCACUGCUUGUCGCUGUGAAAACACUGCGGGAAGAUGCCAACAAGAACGCAAGAAACGACUUCCUGAAGGAGAUCCGCAUCAUGUCCCGCCUGAUGGACCCCAACAUAGUGCGUCUGCUGGCGGUGUGUGUGGACACGGACCCGCUGUGCAUGAUCACUGAGUACAUGGAAAACGGAGACCUGAACCAGUUCCUGUGCAACCUCAGGCUGAAGGAGGCUGCAGACGAAGACAAGGCCGAGCAGGAGGAGAGGGAGGGGACCAGCAUGGUCAGCUACUGUAAACUGAUUGGAAUGGCCGUGCAGAUUGCAUCUGGCAUGAAGUACUUGUCCUCUCUCAACUUCGUCCACCGCGACCUGGCCACGCGUAACUGCCUGGUGGGGAAGAACUACACAAUAAAGAUCGCCGAUUUCGGCAUGAGCCGGAACCUGUACAGAGGAGACUACUACAGGAUCCAGGGCCGGGCCGUCCUGCCCAUCCGCUGGAUGUCCUGGGAGAGCAUCCUGCUGGGUAAGUUCACCAUGGCCAGUGAUGUGUGGGCGUUUGGUGUGACUCUGUGGGAGAUCCUGACUCUGUGUAAGAAGCAGCCAUACUCCCAGCUCUCUGACGAGCAGGUAAUUGAAAACACAGGCGAGUUCUUCAGGGACCAGGGCAAGCAGGUGUACCUGCCCAAGCCUCUGUGCUGUCCUGAGAGAGUCUACAGCGAUCUGAUGCUGAGCUGCUGGAGGAGGAACGCCAAGCAGAGGCCGAGCUUUCAGGAGAUGCACGCUCAUCUGACGGAGAGUCUGGCGUAGCAGAUCCUACGUAGAAUCCCUCUCUGCCGAGCACUGGGUUGUUUGCUCUUUUCAAACUCUCUUUUUUUUUUAUUUAGGACUCACUUGGAGUCAGACACAACCUGUCAAAUGUUUGCAUUUAAUAAAGCCCUGCUUUCCUUAACGGUGCGGUGAAUUAAGAGGGUACACACUUGAAUGGAGCCUUUUUGUGUAGAUAGUUAGAGAAGUAUUAACUCAGAGUAUUCACGACUCUGUGUAUUUAUUAAGUUCUUUUAUAUUUGUAUUUAUAGAGUACGCCAAAGUAAUCCUAGGUUAUGAAACACAGAUAAUGUCUAAAAAAUUGUCCUUGACAUACUGUAAGAACAUAUGUUUCUAUUGCACACGUAUAAGAGAAUGUCAGUACGUUUGUGUGAUCUUUUUCACUGUUUCUAUUUAUGCUUUAUUAUUUUUUAACGUGAACAAAUGACACGAUAUUUACUGUUUUCUGAUUUAGGAUGUUUUUACCUAUGCAGAAUCUCUUUUAGGUGCUUUAUAAACAUGUUUACGUCCUUUUACAAGAAUAAAAGAAGUGUAGAUUGUUGAGCAGAAGCAAAACCAAAGUUUUUUUAACGCUGUCCAACCAAAGAGCCUUGUAAAUAAAUAAUAAAGCAUUA